AGUACCCAGAGGGCACCGCGGCAGGUAGACUGUAAACACGCAGGGAGACUGAAGGACGAAGUGAACGAUGAUCGUGUUUGUCCGGUAUAACCUGGGGCCAGGUGUGGCGGUGGAGCUGCAGAAGGAAGCUCGUGUGGCUGAGCUGAAGGAGGUGGUGGGGAGUCAGCAGGGAGUCCAACCAGAGCACCUCAGGGUGCUUUUCGCUGGGAAGGAGCUGAGGGCUACCGCCACGCUACAGGGUUGUGACCUCCCAGAGCAGAGUACAGUCCAUGUCGUCUUCUCUCUGUCGGGUUCCUCCUCCUCCCGGCUGCUCUCCCUGGCUGAAACGGGGGAGGAGGAGCAGAACAGUCUGACCAGGCUAGACCUCAGCUCCUCACACCUCCCCUCCACCUUCUCCAGCCUGCCAGUUAUCCUGGAGAGGAGCGAUGGAGGAGGAGGAGGAGUCGUUGACAGAGGAGCAGAGGAAGAGAUAGAGGAGGCGCAGGCUGCAGGUGUGAAAGGUGUGCGUACCUGCAGUACUUUCUUUGUGUACUGUAAGACCUGCAGUUCUGUCCAACCAGGAAAACUGAGAGUUCGCUGCAGAAGCUGCAGACAGACGACACUGACGCUCAACAGGGGUCCGUCCUGUUGGGAUGACGUUCUCCUCCGAGGUCGUAUCCACGGUGUUUGUCAGUCAGACGGUUGUCAUGGCAACGAAGCGGAGUUCUACAUGAAGUGUGGAUCCCAUCCGACCUCAGAUGACGAGCUCUCCGUGGCCCUCGACCUCAUUAUGACCAACAGUAGAGAUGUCCCCUGUAUCGCCUGCGCCGACAUCAUGAACGUGGUCCUGGUGUUCAGGUGUUCGGAGCGUCACGUGAUCUGUCUCGACUGUUUCCGUCGUUACUGUCAGACUCGACUAAACGAGCGACAGUUUGUUUACCAUCCUGUGAUUGGCUACUCACUGCCGUGUGCUGCUGGCUGCGCUGAAUCUCUCAUUAAAGAGCUGCAUCAUUUCAGGAUUUUAGGAGACGAUCAGUAUGGGCGGUACCUGCAGUUUGGGGCGGAGGAGUGCCUGCUGAUGAGUGGAGGACUGAUGUGUCCGUCACCCGAAUGUGGGGCAGGGCUCGUCCCGCCCGAGGACAGCAGGAGGGUGGAGUGUGACAGACAGCUCGGCUGUGGCUUCGUCUUCUGCAAAGACUGCAGGGAGCGCUACCAUGAGGGGGCGUGUCACACAGAGCUGACCCCACCCACAGAUGAAGCGUCACAGGUUUUUGUGGUGGACGAAGAGGCGUCUCUCAGGGGGCGAUGGGAUAGGGCCUCCCUGCUCCUCCUGCAGGAGACGACUAAACGUUGUCCUCAGUGUUCAGUUCCUGUUGAACGAAACGGUGGCUGUAUGCACAUGCAGUGUCCGCUGUGCAGAGCAGAGUGGUGCUGGCUCUGUGGUGUCACCUGGAACACAGAGUGUAUGGGGGACCACUGGUUCGGAUGAAACCCACGCAGACCCUUCGGCAGCUGGGAAUCGAACCAGCUGAUCUUCAGAUCAUGAACAAUGAUAAUAAAACAACACGGAAAUGACAGAACACCCUGGCUCUUCUGAUUUGCAUGUCCGCAAUGCAUAUUCAUAUUCAACAGCAGCUCCUCGUCCUGUUGACCGAGCCCUCUAAUCAAUCACCAAUGAUAUACCCGGUGUGUCUUUGUCAUGUGAUGAGCCCACUGUCCCCUUUGUAUUGUGUGUUGCCCCCACCCUCCACCUUUUCCCAAGUUUGACAUUUGUUUUUUUUCUAUACAGAUGCUAUCAUUUAUACUUUUAAAACAGCAACCUGGAGUGUGCAUGGUUUUCAUACCCUGUCAGAAAGAACAAAAGUGAUUAAACCCUCAUCAGAA